AUGAGCCAACAAGCAUCACCACCACAGAAGACAGCGGUAGUCAGUUCAGAAAAAGUAGUUGUCGGAAGUUCCAGAAAGACUGAAAAGGUUGAAAGUGACGAUGAGUUGCUUGACAUAGAUUCCAAAGAAGAGACAGCGGAAUAUUACAUCGAUUUAGAAAGAAUACAAAAAUCUACAAGGUUUGUUAUUGAUCAUUUACUCAAUACACGGAAUUACAACUUUUUUGGAGACAACGAACAAGAAAAAGACCUAAAUAAUUCGUGGUCACAGUUCAUUGAAACAUUACCAAAAGAAACUGACGCUGCUUCCAAAUUGAAAAGUAACAGAAUGAGGAUGGCAUUCGUGGCAUCGAACUAUCAUGUCAUUUCCUCGAAGAAUCCAAGCUCCAAGUUAGACAGGGAUUAUGUUGCCAGCUUGCAAUAUCGAAAGGAUCUUGAUUCUAUCUACCUGUUUUUGAAACUAGGGACAUCUAAAUUGUUGGAUGAAACAGGGAAGCAACUUGAAUAUAAAAGGAAGAUGACUUUGGAGAACAUGGUAUUGAAUUUGUUUAAAACAGCAAUUAUUUUGUCACUUCCUGUACCACUAUUGUCCGAAAAUGACAAAAAUGUAUCAGCAUCAGCUCUGGUACGUUCAAUAUCAAAAUAUACCAAUAAAGCAACGAUCUUCAAUACACAUUUCCAAAUCAAUCCACUGCCUGUGGAAAACUUUGAUGAGGAAUUUAUAAAUGGUAUUUUCAGUGCAUAUGGAUUUGCUUUAAGUAUGUUUUUACUUGAAGUAAGGGCAUAUAGAGCGUUGGAUGUACGCCACAGUGGAAAGAAUCUGGGACAAAAGAAUUACAUUCCUCGAUUGUAUCAAUUUGGAUAUUGUGAAUGGCAGGAAGUUACUCAGUUCCAGGGUUUUUAUUUACUUAUAGGGUAUAAAGACAACGACACUUUGUCAUUGUCAGAACCCGAUCUUUUUAAGAAGAGCCUGGAAUUCCUUGACAAAAUUCAUGUAGAGAAGUUCUUUUAUUCGCAAAAGGAUGAGGAUGCUUACACCAUCGAUUUUGGAUUGCCGAGUCCGACUAGAUUAAAGGAUUUCAAUUCAAAUAAGAUAGAACAAGAUCAAGAUGUCAUACGAUUAUACAAGGCAUGUGAAGUGGAACAGCUAGCUCCUGAUGUCAUACAAGGGGGUAGAUAUUCAAUGAUGCCGAAAUCCAAGAGACAGAGAAUAUCUUAA